AUGAGCGCUGCAGCAGAGGAUCAUGCGAGAGGUUCCUGGGGAAACAAGGUCCAGUUCCUGCUGUCUUGUUUUGGCUACGCUGCCAGUCUUGGAACAGUCUGGAGGUUUCCCUACCUCUGCUAUAGGAAUGGAGGAGCCACAUUCCUCAUUCCCUAUUUCGUCAUGAUGGUGGUGAUCGGCCUACCAACAGUGUUCAUGGAGAUGGCCCUCGGUCAGUUCGCCUCAGAAGGCGUGAUCACGGUGUGGAAGGUCAGCCCGGCAUUCCAGGGUAUCGGGGUGGCUAUCGUGAUCACCAUGACCAUCGUUGUCAUCUACUACAACGUCGUCGUUAUGUACGCCAUCUACUACAUGUUUGUCAGCUUCGUUAACCUUGACGACAGGGUACCCUGGGGGUCGUGUGGCAAUCUCUGGAACACAGCUUCCUGUCGGUCGGAGCCUUUCCCUCUGCUAACGUCGAUGGAUGAGGCAAAUAAAACAACGACUCUGUUUAAAGUGCUGUACAAUCAACCAUGUCUAGACGGCCUCCUAAGCAACAUCUCCGACGUCUACAACUCCACCUUCAACAGCACCGAUGACCUCAACUCCACCAUAAUCCAAGACGACAUCACCAAGAGCUGCCUGAUCAAGUACACCACAGCCAGUGAAGAGUACUGGGAGCGCUAUGUACUUCGUCUCCAUGAAUCGGAUGGAUUUGAGGAUUUGGGAGGGUUCAGUCUAAAGAACACUAUGUGCCUAUUCCUGACCUGGCUCCUCAUCUUCUUCUCUCUGAAGAAAGGAAUCAAAUCAUCCGGCAAGGUCGUGUAUUUCACCGCCACCUUCCCCUACGUCAUCAUGCUGGUGCUGCUGAUCCGGGGCGUGACGCUGCCAGGACACGAGAAGGGAAUCUCAUUUUACAUGACACCACAGCUUCCUAGGUUGACAGAGGCCAAGGUGUGGGGAGAUGCAGCUACUCAGGUAUUUUACUCUUUGAGUGCUGGCUUUGGCGGUGUGUUGACUAUGUCAAGUUACAACAAGUUUAACAGCAACUGUGAGCGAGAUACUAUUAUAGUUGCUUUCGUCAACUGUGUGAGCAGUAUUCUGUCUGGAUUCACCGUUUUCUCCAUCCUCGGAUUCAUGGCUCACACCACCAACCAGGACGUGGAGAACGUGGUCGACCAGGGACCUGGUCUCGCUUUCAUCGCUUUCCCAGAAGGCAUUGCAAAGCUUCCGAUGUCCUCAUUGUGGGCCUUCCUGUUUUUCUUCAUGUUGUUUACACUUGGAAUGGACGGUCAGUUUACACAAGUGCAGACGGUGGUGAGCGGCAUCAGUGACAUCUUCCCACGCUUCCUGAGGCACCACAAGACUGCCUUCACCGCCUUCUGUUGUCUCAUUUGCUUCCUCCUCGGGUUGCCCAUGGUCACAAAGGGUGGUAUUUACAUGCUGACACUGAUGGACUGGUACUGCGGCAGCUACAACGUGAUGCUAGUGGCUCUGUCGGAGAUCAUUUGCAUAAUGUAUGUCUAUGGCGUGAAACAGUUCAUGGAGGACAUCGAGAUGAUGCUUGGCCACCGACCCAACCCUUACUGGAUCUUCAACUGGGUCUUCCUGACUCCUGUCACCCUACUGGCAGGUGUUUUCAUCUCUGUGUUCAUCGUGAUCGUGUCGGCCACUCAGUACACCCCAGCCAACUACGGAGACUACGAGUUCCCCCCGUGGGCUGAGGGCAUGGGCUGGUGCAUGGUUUUCGCCCCUGUUGCUAUGAUACUCCUCGUUAUGGUGGUUCAAAUGUACAAGCUCGGACCAAGGAAAGCAAUCGCACCAAGGAGCAGCUGGGGACCUGCCAACCAGGAAAACCGGACAGGAAGAUACUUCGUCACUUCUGAGGUUCCUGAUAACCACAUGCACUCUAUGGGCACCAAUGCUGCGUACACUGGGAAGAGGAACACAGCAGGCAGUGCUGAGGGUGGUUCUGAUAACCCUGGAUACGAUAGCAAUAGAUUAUAA